UUACUUUUCUUACUUCUUUUGGCUCUGGAAUAUAUUCUUUAUUGAUGGCAUGUUUCAAUCCCUAGAGAAUAAGUCUGGUACAGACGUACUUAUGCGAGUUGUCUUCUGCAUGUGUGGACGCAUUUUGGCUGUUAAAACCGCGUAGAUUUCGGAUGAAAUGCUGGUAUUUUGGGUCGCUGAGCGGAGGAGCAGCCGCGUGCUGAGCAGCAGCAGCAGCAGCAGCCAUCGAGCCUGCAGCGGCACCCAGAAGUGAACAAAGCGACCCGGAAGCGGUGGUCCGACUGGAGGCAGGCGGACCGAACAUCCAGCUUUUAUAUUCUCGCUGCGCUCCAGACUCAAUCUGCAAGCCGGACUACAGGAUGGCGGAGCCUCGGUUCAAUAACCCCUACUUCUGGCCCCCACCUCCCUCCAUGCCAGGCCAGCUGGAUAACCUGGUCCUCAUUAACAAGAUCAAGGAGCAGCUGAUGGCGGAGAAGAUCCGACCCCUUCACCUGCCGCCUUCCUCUGCGCCGUCCCAGCAGCCCUUGCUGGUGUCCACCUCCUCAUCAGAUGGGGGCGCUCAACACGGCAUGCAGAAGCCGCAGCAGGUGCCGGCCCACCACCCGCAGCCGCAGGGGUCCGGGCAGCCAGAUAUUGCCCUGCAUGCCCGGCCCGCCUCCAGCUCUGGACCAGAUGGAAGCAUGGAGGACAAGGUGGCUGCGAAGGCCAAAGGAUUGUGGGAGGACUGGCACAUGAGACAGCUCAGCGAGCAGGCAGGUCGCAUCAACCAUCGAUCAGGUCUGGCUCCAACGUCCCGACCUGAUAGUCACAACACCUCAGAGGCUCUGACCCCCACCACCCCGACCUCCAGCAGCCAGAACCGCCUUGGUGGCGCUCCGUCAGUCAACAUCAUCUCCGGGCUGGCGAGCGGUCCUGGCAUGGACCACAUGAAAGCCGGAGGCCUGGCAGGGCUGCUGGGGCCGCCUCCGAAAGCAACCCGGGGAAGGAAGAAGAUCAAGGCUGAGAACUCAACCGGGCCGCUGCUGGUGGUGCCGUACCCGAUCCUGGCCGACCAAGGCUGUGUUACUGUAGCGCCCAAAGAGGGAAAGACCUACAGGUGCAAAGUCUGCCCCCUUACCUUCUUAACCAAGUCAGAGAUGCAGAUCCACUCCAAGUCCCACACUGAGGCCAAACCUCACAAGUGUCCUCACUGCUCCAAGACCUUCGCCAACGCCUCCUACCUGGCCCAGCACCUGCGCAUACACCUCGGCAUUAAACCUUACCACUGUUCAUACUGCGAGAACUCUUUCCGGCAGCUGUCGCACCUGCAGCAGCACACCAGAAUCCACACUGGCGACCGGCCUUACAAAUGUGCUCACCCCGGAUGUGAGAAGGCUUUCACUCAGCUGUCCAACCUCCAGUCUCACCAGAGGCAGCACAACAAAGACAAGCCCUUUAAGUGUCCAAACUGCUACCGUGCCUACUCCGACUCCGCAUCGUUGCAGAUCCACUUGUCGGCGCACGCCAUCAAAAACGCCAAGGCCUACUGCUGUAGCAUGUGCGGCCGCGCUUACACCUCAGAGACUUACCUAAUGAAGCACAUGUCCAAACACACGGUGGUGGAACACCUAGUGAGCCACCAGUCUCCGCAGAGGACCGAGUCCCCGAGCAUCCCCAUACGCAUCUCCCUCAUCUGAGCCGUCCACAGCGGGCUUUCACCACGACAGCUGACACCAGAGGAACAAACAGAGCACAGUGUUGAUCUUGAAUGUAUGACAGCUCGUCCAGCGAAGGUCAGAUUUCGGAGCACUUUCGUCAGCCACUAGAAUAUUCUCUUCCAUAAAAUGGGUUUCCGAAAUUCCCCCCAGCCCCCGGCUCAAAAGAAAAAAGCAAAUAUUUCUGGGUGUAUUUUCAUCCAAAGAGAAUCUUGAAGCACUUUUAGGCCUUUGUAUUAUUGGCUCCAAUUAAAAUGGCGAAACACAGAUGCCAGAAGGCCCCGCACGUGGCAGCUAAGAGCACGGAUGAACUUGAGGAAGGCAAUCGGUGGGUGACAAUUGAGCGAUAAAAAUGAUUGUAGUGGCAGAGCUGCGUUCACUCCGGAGGAAAAGGCUGUGUAGAGGGGAGAUACAGAUUCAAUUCAAACAGAAACAGGGUGAUAUUGCAUUUUGAAAGUCAAGUUUAAUAAAAUAGCUCUAAAAGUAUGUUUUAAAUUACAAUAACAAUCAGUAUUUUUUCUGUUUAAAUAAACCCUGAAAUCCCAGAACACAAGCUUUUUUCCUCAAGUGAACGCAAAGCUUCAGAAAGAGAUACACUUUGUAGCACCUUUUUAAGAUUUGAUCAAACGCUCCAGUGCCAAUGAAAUAAAAAAAAGUUUCAUUAAAAAAACAGAAAACAAAAAAAAAAUAGUUUUAAGCUCUACAACCCUAAAAAAUAAUCACUUUUAAUCAUCGGACCAAGAUGUGAAACGACUGUACAGCUCUCCCCUUUUCAUUUGCGUUUUCUUUGUCGUCUUUAAUAAGCUUUAUCCAGUUGGAACUCACUGCAGUAUGAAUCACGAUCCACGAGUCCAUAUACUCACGUGGACGUGGUCUCUUCCUUUCUUUUAUUGUUUGUAUUAUUACUGUACGCAGUAUUUUUAUUUUUAGUGUUAUGAACUGGUUCACCUCUGGAUGGUACUCUUGGGGUCCCCUGCAUUCUUCAGGGCACUUACCAAAUGGUGCUGCAGUUAAGACGGAACUCAGAAAAUGUAAAAUACAUAUACAGUAUAUAGUAUGUUUUCAAGAUUAAAAAAAAAAAACGUAUUAAUUUUCGGCUCUGGCCUGAAAACAAACAAAACAUUUACACCAACAACAGACCCUGCCUCUUCUGUCUGUGUGUCGUUUGUUCCAUUGGAAUUUCCUCUCAAAUAUUUAAGAAUCUGCUUCUUUAAAAGUCAUAUUUUAACGUUAGAGAUGUAGAGAGAGGAGUGCCUAGAGGGAAACAAACACAGAGUAGACUCAGGUCUCUGAACAUAUGAGGUGGAUGCUGUGUUGGAUCAGGUUGGAGAUCUCAUUCUGUGGCGUUGGCUGCGGCUGGUUUCCAAGAUUCGCUGUUUGGUUUUUCACAUUUGUUGCAUUAAAAAGUCUCCUCAUGCUGGUAGUGGUGGGUCGAUGAGUUGUCAUGAAACAGUAUUGCAGGGUUGAUCAAGCAGUGUCCUAACUUUCAGAGGCCACCAGAUGGUGCUCUUGGUUUAGAAACAAUUAGAGGUUUCAUUGAAUUCGUUCUUCAAGGCAAAUUUUACAGCAGACAGUGCCAUCUGGUGGCCUCUGAAAAGCAGGACGCUGUUUCAUGAAACAUCUUCCACUCACUACAUGAUACUGUAGUUUUGUAAAGUUGGUGUUGCAGUUUAAAUGCAUACUAGAGUUCAAACGUUGAGCACACCACUGAAAGACAACACGCAUAUCAAAACAUUCAAAUUAUUUUUUCUUUUUGUCUUUUAAUACUUCAAAGUCUCAGAUUCUUAACUUCUAUUUUGAGAACUGACCAAACGACACACAGACCUUCCUCUCGUCUGAGAUGAGAGGGAAAUGUACAUGUUGCUGUUCAAUGUUUCUCAUUCACAGUUCUCUCUCCUUUUGUUACAUUUCCAGUUACGGACUUACUGUAAUAAUUUUUUAGCCUCUUUGUAUGUUAUUAAUAUCUGGUUUAUAUCAGUUUUUUUUAACAUGUAAGCCUUAACUGUUUUAUCAUCCCAGUAUUCUGUCCUGUACACCGUUUUAUUUUGAUUCCGCAUGGAGCUCCUCCCGCUGAGCUGUAACCUGUAAGAUAACUGUCUAACCCACGUUCUCUCUGGACGCAAAAAAAAAAGAACUAUGACGUAGAUUUAUUCAACUUUUUCCUGUCUUGCAUUGUGGUUUCAUAUACGGUUUCUAGAAUAUGCACAACCACGACUGAGAACUUAAUGGGGUUAUUCAUGUUGAGAGUUAAAAAAGCUUUGUAUCUUUACCUUGUUUAAUAAACAGACUGUUAUAAAUUCACUUCACCUUUUGUUGUUGCGGAGGAAGCGGUCACCUGUCGUGCCGAUCCAACUGUGAUGUCAUGUGUGGUGCUGGGAUUUUGCAGAUGUAAACA